ACUCUUUUAAUCUGAUUUAUUUUUCCUCUUGCUGAAGAAAAAUGCCUUCCUUGGGAGGGAAAGCGCAGACUGUCUUGGGCCCUGUGGAUCCAGACUGCCUUGGCUAUACCUUGACUCAUGAACACUUGACUAUGAACUAUAGCAGCUGUUUUUGUCCACCUUCCCCAGGCCAAGAGCCUCUGUCUGAUGGGCCCAUUGAGAUGAAGAACUUGUUUUGGAUUAAGCAAAAUCCCUACAGCCAUAAAGAAAACCUUCUUUUGUAUCAGGAAACAGAUGCUGUGAAGGAGGAGCUGUUGCAUUUUAAAGCAGCAGGUGGUGGGACGAUCGUGGAAAACACAACCACAGGAAUUGGUCGGGGUAUGAAUACUUUGAAGAAACUUGCUGAGGAAACUGGAGUCCAUAUUAUUGCUGGGGCUGGGUUUUAUGUGGAUUCCACUCAUUCUCCUCAAACACAGGCCAUGACAGUGGAGCAGCUUACAGGCAUUAUUGUUGAUGAGAUACUCAAUGGAGCGGAUGGGACUAACAUCAAGUGUGGUGUGGUGGGAGAAAUAGGUUGCUCCUGGCCUUUGACUCAGAGUGAACGCAGAGUGCUUCAGGCAACAGCACAGGCUCAGUCACAGCUUGGGUGCCCUGUUAUCAUCCAUCCUGGCAGGAACAGCGAUGCACCUUUCCAGAUUAUCCGCAUUCUGCAGGAAGCUGGGGCUGAUGCGUCAAAGACAGUCAUGUCUCACCUCGACAGGACUAUAUUUGAUACAAAGAAACUUCUGGAAUUUGCUAAACUGGGAUGCUAUUUAGAGUAUGACCUAUUUGGUACAGAAUUUCUUCACUACCAGUUCCAUCCGGAUAUUGACAUGCCGAGCGACAAUGAAAGAAUUGCAAGGAUUCGUAUGCUGGUCGAUGAAGGCUACGAAGACAGAAUUCUGAUCGCUCAUGAUGUGCACACUAAGAAUAGGUUGAUGAAAUAUGGAGGUCAUGGAUAUUCACAUAUCCUUAAAAAUAUAGUUCCUAAAAUGCUAAUUAGAGGCAUAUCCCAAGAUAAAAUUGAUAAAAUACUCCUAGCAAAUCCAAAGCGGUGGUUGACUUUUAAGUAGGAAUAAUGAAUAAGUAUUCCUAUUUUAUAGGGAAGCUUGAUAAAAUUCAGAUUUGUUUCAAGAGAGCAGUUGUUUUAAAACUUGGUUCUUUUCAGAGAAACUGGAAGUUAUUAACUAGAUGUGAACAAACUGAUUAUGACUUUCAUUUUUAAUUAGAACAACAAAAUUAUGUAUUCUCUCUGCAUUUUCUCCCUCCUAAAAACCUGUUCAUGAAUGAUUUACUGGAGAUGAGCCUACCUGCAAAAUCUUUUCAACUGAAAUUUUAAAAUAAUUGUUUCUAGAGAGUAAUCUAAUACUAUUACUAAAAGUUACCCAAAAAUAUUUUUGAAGAUGUAUCAUCUGGACUUUGAAGGAAAUUACGGUUUUCAGUUAAAUCCCCCUUUUCCAGGGGAUGAUUUUAAUCCUUGUAAUAUUGACAGUCUUCUAAUUAUCCUUAUAUUCUUUAAAUAAUGCUUGAUAAAAGGUCUGGGACUUUUAAAUAGCUUCCAUAGAUAACAGAGGGCAAAAGAAAUCUCAAAUAAUUCUAAAAAUAUGUUGUUUCUUUCUGGUUUAACAAUUUACUUAUUUUUAACUGAAAGUGUAAAAAAUAUGUGGAAAAAUGUGUUUUCAAAUAAA